CAAGAAGGGAAAUGCUAAGGGGGCCCAGAGCCAUGGAUUGAGAGCUUGCACUUUACUCAGCUGCUGUCCUGCCCCAUCUGAGACCAGAGCCAAGAUCUGCCCAGGAGCUGGAAUGCUUUCCUGAGCUGCUUGGUUUGGAGCCUGGGACCCAAGGUUCCCCUGACUUAGAAACAGGGUGAGAUCAAGGAAGGUGAGAUCAAGGAAGAAGUGGCAGUGCAAAGAGAUCUUCCCACUUUGCAGAGGGGGAACGUAGGCCAGAGACCCAGGCAGCUAUUCCAGGAACUGGAAGCCAAGCACAACAGGUGCUCAGGAGGUCAUCAUGAUCAGCCCAGACCCCAGGCCUUCCCCUGGCUUGGCCCGGGGGGCUGAGAGCUAUGAGGCCAAGUGUGAACGCCGGCAGGAAACCCGUGAGAGCCGCCGUUGCCGCCCCAAUGUGACCACUUGCCGCCGGGUGGGGAAGGCACUGAGGACCCAGCAGAGAGAGCAGCUCCAGAGUGCACGACAACGGGAGUUCUUCAGGAGGAGGGACCUGGAGGUGGAGGAGACAGGCAAGGCCCAGAGCCCCAGGGCCAAGGAGCGAGGUCCCUCCAGGAGGCCAGGCCAGCCAACUGACCUCAAGGAACCCUUGUCUUGGGCCAACAGGAUCUCUUCUCCCCGGCAGCAGGUGUCAGGCACCAGCUCUGAGGUCUUUCCAAGCCAGCAUCACCCUCCCUCAGGCCCCUGGAGGGAUUUGGCCAGCCAGCUCUCCCAGGCUGAGGACCUUUCACUGAAGGAUUAUCCCACCAAAAAACCACCCAAACACCACCGUGGCACGCAGACAAAGGCAGAAGCAGCCCAGCCGGCAAUUAAGAAUGAUGCCAGUCAGCAGACCAAUUAUGGAGUUGCAGUUCUAGAUAAGGAAAUCAUCCAGCUUUCUGAGUACCUCAAAGAGGCCCUACAGAGGGAGCUGGUUCUAAAACAAAAAAUGGUCAUUCUCCAAGACCUACUGUCCACUCUGAUAAGGGCCUCUGACAGCUCUUGGAAGGGUCAGCUGAAUGAAGACAAAUUGAAGGGCAAACUGAGAUCUUUAGAAAACCAGCUGUACACCUGUACCCAGAAAUACUCCCCUUGGGGAAUGAAAAAGGUGUUAUUGGAGAUGGAAGACCAGAAAAACAGCUAUGAGCAGAAGGCCAAGGAGUCACUGCAGAAAGUGCUGGAGGAGAAAAUGAGUGCAGAGCAGCAAUUGCAAAGCACACAGCGGUCCCUGGCUCUGGCCGAGCAGAAGUGUGAAGAGUGGAGGAGCCAGUAUGAAGCUCUGAAGGAGGACUGGAGGAACCUGGGGACCCAGCACCGAGAGCUGGAGAGCCAACUCCAUGUGCUUCAGUCUAAAUUGCAGGGAGCAGACAGUAGAGACCUACAGAUGAACCAGGCUCUGCAACUUCUGGAGAAUGAGCACCAGGAACUACAGGCCAAGAUUGAACUUCUACAGGGGGACAGAGACAGCUCAGAUACCCAACACCUACAAGAUCAACUGAAGAGGUCAGAGGAGGAGAAACUCACCCUGAUGGCCAAAAUACAGCAGCUGCAGGGUCUGCUCCAGAAUCAAUCCUUACAGCUUCAAGAACAGGAGAAACUCUUAACAAAGAAAGUGCAGAGAACUGCAUUCGGAGUUAGACAACCUCAGUGACGAGUAUCUCUCCUGCCUACGUAAGCUGCAGCAUUGUCGAGAAGAGCUGAACCAGAGCCAACAGCCGCCUCCCAGAGUAAGAGAGUCUAUCCUCCCGUAUUGUCCUGGAUGAUGGUGGGACGGUUCCUCCUUUGGCCAAAUCUUGCAGAUAAAAUUUAUCAGCCUGUGCCAACAUCUGGCCAGCCUGUUCCACUCAGCCUGGUUUAUAUACUUGACAGUAUAGCAAGUGUCAGUAAACACUGGCUCAUGCAUCUAAGCCUAAUUUUCAUGGAACUGUUGAACCUGAAGGGGAAGACUAUUAGCUAAAACAUGACGUGGUGUUCUUUUAGCCUAUUAUGAGCUAGUGGCAAGAGUAAGGACAGCGAAAGCACUAAGGAAUACAAACAGAGAAUAAUAUAAUUUUGCUGAAUUAUUUUCCAUCCUUGAUUAUUAUUAUCAUAUUUAAGUAUCUGGCCUUUGCUGGGUUUGAUUCCCCGGGCCAGUAAUCCUGGCUUAGGAGCCAGUGACCAGCAGUAAAGUGAUUUAAUCCCAAAGGAAGUGACCAAGUGAGAGGGACAGUGAUGUAAACAGCUUUUUCUCCUCUACUGACCCAAUACUUUCCACUGGGCAGGGAUGAGAAGAAGGAAGAUUAUUUUUGCCUGUACCUUCUCUAAACAACCCAUGGCCUCUUUCUCUCUCCCCAACACCC